AUGUCGCCGACACGAGUUAUGCCCGCUGAGGACGCUGUGCUCCUCUUCGACGCUGGAGCCGCUACAGCACAAGGUGGCCGAGUAUCCCAAGAGGAUCGCCAUGUAAUCCUCCUGCCGAACCAAUUUCCGCCGACAAAAUCGACUGAUAAUUUCGUCUUAUUUGCGACUUAUGACGGACAUGGCUCUGCAGAGGUCUCCGAACACGUCCGCCAAAACCUCCCUAACCUCCUCGUCAACCGGCCCGAAUUCGAAAAGGGAGACUACGAAACCGCAAUCAUCAAAUCAUUUCAGGAUGAAGACGAACUCCUGCUUCGAUCGGUUAUGGAUGAAAAUACCGGGCCCAUCAUAGCGGGCUCGACGGUGGCGUUGUGUUUGGUGAAUCUGACAAAGGGGAUAAUGGUUAUCGGGAACGUGGGUGAUUCGCAUAUCUUUCUUGCGAGACGGGAUGAAGGGUCGGAUUUUAUAACAUGGCAGGAACAAUUAACUGUAGCGCACAAACCGAACGAGCCGUCGGAAAAGAGCCGGAUUGAACAGGCUGGUGGUGCAGUGCGUAUAUACGGAGGAACCGCUCGACUCGGAACUUUGAAUAUGUCCCGCGCUUUAGGGGAUCUCCAAUAUAAAAAUCCAAUCAACAACCUCAGCAUCGACGGCGGCACAAAAAAGGCCAAACGCGCAAAUGCCAGCGGUUCCAAAGUCAGAGGCAACAUCCUCUCCAACGAAGCGUACGUACGAACCAUCCAACUCGACGAGAGGAGUCGAUAUGCGGUACUGUGCUGUACGGAUGGCGUCACAGAUGUCACAGAUGAGAAAGAGCUCAUGAAGGAAGUGGUGAGCGAUUCUGUGGCGGGCAGUAAGGCAACGGAUAUCGCGCGGAUGGUUACGACAGCGACGGGGGAGCAGCCGCAUAGCGAUAAUAGUACGUGCGUGAUUGCGUUUUUGGAUGGAGUGAAAGCGUUGAAGUGA